AUGGACGGUGAAAGCACCAAUGAUGUUAUCAUGAUAGGGGAAGAUGCGCCAACUGAAUUUUCGGUGAUCCCAUUAUUGAUGGAGUUUGAAGAACCUGAAACUGUGAAUCCUGUAACCGUGAAGAACGAACCGGUCGAAAUAGAACCGGAACAGCGGCGGGAGCCGAUCGCGGAAUUGGCAGUGCCACAAGCGGUGAGUACGGCUGCCACCACUGCAGUUAUUGCCACUCGGCUGGGUUCGGGAGAGGAAGAUAAUCCAACCACUGCUGCCACCACAUUUACAGCCAUUCGACUGGGUUCGGGAGCGGAUGAAAAUCCGACCACGUCGGCGGGUGACGUCAAAGACGAGAACAUGGACAGGCCCUCGCGUCGCAAUCGAAGCCGUGGCCGACGCAGCCGACGUGGCCGAAGCCGUCGCAGCCGCAGCCGACGUGGCCGAAGCCGUCGCAGCCGCAGCCGCAGCCGCAGUCUUCGUAGCCGGAGCAGAAGCGUCGACGACGACGGCGACUUCUAUGUGCAAAUCGCCGACGAUGAGAUUCUCGCCUAUCUGGAGGCCGGAAACAAACGCGGUGGCCAGGAAACGGCCCGUGGCGGUAGAAGGGCUAAGAGGGUAGAAAUCACAGGUCGCCGUGGUAGAAAGGCUACCUAUGAGAGUCGCGUCAGUGGGAAAGCUAUCGGUCGCACUCGCGGUGGCCGGAAGUCAGCCAGGGGCAGUCACAGAGGCCGGAAGACUACCGAAUGUGGGACUGCGCGGACAAUAUGGAGCGAACGCUUACGUCCCAUCAGCCAUCUUCGGAACAAGAAAUCGAAGGCAAACUAA